AUGAGGAUUCUUUUUUCAGAUGAGAAGUUUUUUGACAUCGAUGGUGUCUAUAACUCUCAAAAUGAUCGAGUGUGGGCAGUUGAUCGGGCUGAUGCCGAUAAAUAUGGUGGCAUUAAGCAGAAACGAAAGUUCCCACAGAAAGUAAUAGUUUGGUUGGGUGCUUGUUCCAAGGGUGUCACACCCUUGGUAAUCCUAGAGAAAGGGACAGUCGAUCAUGCUGUUUAUAUCGAAAAAAUGCUUCCUGUUGCAUUAAAAUAUGGGAAUCAAGUUUUCGGUAGCGACUGGACCUUUCAACAGGAUGGCGCAACCUCCCACUCGCACCAUUUAAGUCAACAAUGGUGUCGAGACAAUUUUCCCUCAUUUACUGACAAGGACCAUUGGCCUGGCAAUAGUCCUGAUAUGAAUCCCUUGAACUACUCAAUUUGGAGCGAACUUGUCAAUGCUAUAGACUGGAACAAAGUCAAGUCAAAAACAACAUUAAUUCAGCAAUUAAAAUCAUCAGUUAAAAAGAUUCUUAACUCUCAAAUAUGUGACAAUACAAUUCCAUAUCGUCGAUGUUCAAGUAAUAGUGUUUGUAAAUAUUAUCCGAUGGCAGGUGCUAAUGAUGUUAGCGUUUGUACUUUUAUUUUGAAACAGUGUUCUCAACUUAUUCCAUGUGGAUCAUCACAAGAAUGUUCGCAUCCAGAUUCCUUUUGUAUCCAUCAUAAUGGAUGUGGUAACUCUCCCGUUUGCUAUCCAUUGUCAAUGAUUAACGAAAAUAUUUGUCCACCAUUAUUGGCUGGUAAGAAGAAAAUCUGUUUUUCCCUUUUCUGAAGGAAAGGGCUAUACAGCGCUUAAAUGCUGUGCUAAAAAGCUUAAAGUUUGUCUGUCUGUCCUAUCCAAUCAGAAAUCAGCAUUUCUAAAAUCAAUGAAAUUGAUCGAUCGUCCUUAGAAAAUGAUUACCGGUAGGAUAAUCGAGGUCGGGGAACUUGAAUCUGAGGUUAGAUUUAACUAAUCAUUAACUAUUAAUUAACUAGCUGUCAACUAGCCAUAAAUUAUUAAUAUNUCGAGGAUCUCGAAUCCGGUUUGUUUUUUCAUGAACACUUUCUAACCCGUUUUUUGGGACAAAGGCUCAAUUUUUUAGACGAUAAUGUUUUAAGCGGCAAUAUGUAGAACAAAAUGUAACAGCUGACUGACGUCGGAUCGCUGGAUCUCCAUAGUCAUCAGCAUAUUAAUGCGAUCACACACUUUUAGGAAGAGUGAAAAUGUACAUGUAACGGCUAGCCGCGAGUAGCUGACCGGAGGGAGACCGACGAGCGACUAGUCGUCCAUUUGCAGAAUAAUAUUUUUAAGAACAAACUUUGUGAUUUUUAUAGAGCUUUAAGAUUUCUUGGUCAGAAAUUAAUCGUUGCUCUGCACGAACAUAGGUGGCAGCCAUUUAAGGUUCCUCGUGGUGGAGAGAAGAUUGAAACCUUUUCCAAAGAAUCAUAUAGCUAUGUAAAGCUUCUUAGUUUUUGAUUAUGAAUU